GACGCGCCGUCGCUGGUGCGAGGGCGGUUCCUUGCCCAGGCGAUGGCGACGGGGACGCCAGACUCGCAAGCGCGCUUCGGCCAGUCCGUGAAGGGGCUCCUCACGGAGAAGGUCAACACCUGUGGGACUGACGUGAUCGCGCUCACGAAACAGGUGUUGAAGGGCUCGCGGAGCUCGGAGCUGCUGGGUCAGGCAGCUCGGAACAUGGUGCUCCAGGAAGAUGCCAUCUUGCGCUCAGAAGACAGCUUAAGGAAAAUGUCCAUCAUCACCACACAUCUUCAGUACCAGCAAGAAGCUAUUCAGAAAAAUGUUGAGCAGUCAUCGGAUCUCCAGGACCAGUUGAAUCAUCUGUUAAAGUAAAACGGCCGAUCAGAGGGCAGAGAUGCUUCGGGGCCUUGGUUGUGGAGGCUCAACCUCUUACAGUACCUGCUGUGUGUUGCUUUCCCUGCCUUCUCCAGAGUUUAAGUAGACAAGAUUGGUCAUGAUGUAUAGUUUCUUAGU